AUGGCGCGUCAUUGGAGAGGGACGAUGAUGGCGGCGGUCGGUGCACCAGAAGUGAUCACACAGCUGGAAAGCGCUGCCAAAGUUUUAAUGGCACCGCCGUCCAUGGUCAGCACAGAACAGAGGCAGCAUGCAGAACAUGUGUUCCUCUCCUUCAGGAAGUCCAAAUCCCCCUUUGCCAUUUGCAAGCACAUCUUAGAGACCAGUAAAGUGGACUAUGUGCUGUUCCAGGCAGCUACUGCCAUCAUGGAGGCCGUUGUGCGGGAGUGGAUCCUGCUGGAAAAGACGAGCAUCGAGUCGCUCCGGGCAUUCCUUCUCACCUACGUCUUACAGAGGCCCAAUCUGCAGAAAUACGUCCGUGAGCAGAUCCUGCUGGCUGUGGCGGUCAUUGUGAAAAGAGGCUCUCUAGACAAAAGCAUCAGCUGUAAAAGCAUCUUUCAUGAGGUCGGACAGCUCAUCAGCAGUGGGAACCCCAUAGUGCAAACACUGGCCUGCUCCAUCCUGACCGCUCUGCUCAGCGAGUUCUCCAGCUCCAGUAAGACCAGCAGCAUCGGCCUCAGCAUGGAGUUUCAUGGCAACUGCAAGCGUCUGUUCCAGGAGGAAGGCCUGCGACAAAUCUUCAUGUUGACCAUGGAGGUGCUGCAGGAGUUCAGCCGGCGAGAAAACCUCAACGCCCAGAUGUCCUGCGUUUUCCAGCGCUACCUGGCUCUGGCCAACCAAGUCCUCAGCUGGAACUUCCUGCCUCCCAAUCUGGGGCGCCACUACAUCGCCAUGUUCGAGGCCACGCAGAACGUCACGCUGAAACCUACGGAGUCCUGGAGGGAAGCGCUGCUGGACACCCGCAUCAUGGACCUCUUCUUCACAGUACACAGGAAGAUUCGGGAGGACUCGGACAUGGCCCAGGACUCCCUUCAGUGCCUGGCCCAGCUGGCCUCCAUGCACGGGCCCAUCUUCCCAGACGAGAGCGCCCAGAUCUCCUACCUGGCCCACCUGGUGGAGGGUCUGCUCAGCAUGAUCAAUGGGAUUGAGAUUGAGGACUCGGAGGCGGUGGGCAUUUCCAAUAUCAUCUCAAAUCUGAUCACCAUGUUUCCGCGGAGUAUUUUAACGGCGCUGCCCAGCGAACUCUUCACCUCCUUUAUCAACUGCCUCACGCUGCUCACCUGCUCGUUUGGACGCAGCGCCGCCCUGGAGGAGGUGCUGGAUAAGGACGACAUGGUUUACAUGGAGGCCUACGACAAGCUGCUGGAGUCGUGGCUGACGCUCGUUCAGGACGAGGAGCAUUUUCCUCGCGGCUGCUUCGUCCAGCCGGCGAUCCAGGUCUUCAACUCGUACAUCCAGUGUCACCUGGCUGCUCCUGACGGCACCCGCAACCUGUCAGUGAACGGCAUCUCGUCUCACGAUGAGGAAGAGAUCAACGAGCUGCAGGAAGACGACAGAGAGCUGUUCUCAGACCAGCUGUCCAGCAUCGGCAUGUUGGGGCGGGUGGCUGCCGACCACUGUAUCCCCCUGCUCACAAGUCUGCUGGAGGAUCGAGUGACGCGACUUCACGGCCAACUCCAGAGGACCCAGCAGCACCUCAUGGCCUCGUCUGACCUCGGAUCAGUGGACCGCAAAGUCCUGGACGACCUCUAUGAGGACAUCCACUGGCUCAUACUGGUCUCAGGGUAUCUACUAGCAGACGAUCCUCAGGGUGAAACCCCGCUGAUCCCCUCAGAGGUGAUGGAGUUCUCUAUAAAACAUUCGACAGAAGUGGACAUCAACACGACGCUGCAGAUCCUCGGCUCGCCGGGGGAAAAGGCCUCGUCCAUACCGGGCUGCAACCGCACAGAUUCUGUCAUCAGGCUGCUGUCGGCGGUGUUAAGGACGUCGGAGGUCGAGUCCAGAGCAACCAGAGCGAGUCUAACGGAGCUGCUGAGUCCACAGAUGGGGAAGGACAUCGUCUGGUUCCUCAGACGAUGGGCCAAGACUUAUCUGCUGGUGGACGAAAAGCUCUAUGAGCAGAUCAGUAUCCCCCUGAGCACAGCGUUCGGUGCCGACACAGAGGGAGCCCAGUGGAUUGUGGGAUAUCUUCUGGAGAAGGUGAUCAACAACUUGUCUGUGUGGAGCUCAGAGGCUGAAUUGGCCAACGACACCGUGGAGCUGCUGGUGACGCUGGUAGAGAAGAGGGAGAGGGCGAACAUCGUGGUCCAGUGUGAGAGCUGGUGGAACCUGGCGAAGCAGUUUGCCAGCCGCAGUCCUCCUCUUCACCUGCUGUCCAGCUCCGUGCAGAGAUCUCUGAUGAAGGCUCUGGUCCUGGGAGGCUUCGCACACAUGGACUCAGACGCCAAACAGCAGUACUGGGCCGAGGUGCUUCAUCCUCUACAGCAGCGUUUCCUGAACCUCAUCAACCAGGAGAACUUUGCUCAGAUCAGCCAAGAAGAAGCUGUCAAACAGGAAAUCGUCGCUACAUUGGAGGCGCUGUGUGGCAUCGCAGAGGCAACGCAGAUCGACAACGUGGCCUCACUCUUCUCCUUCCUCAUGGACUUCUUGUCCAGCUGCAUCGGCCUCAUGGAGGUUUACAGCAACACACCAGAGACAAUCAACCUCAUCAUCGAGGUUUUUGUGGAAGUGGCUCACAAGCAGAUCUGCUACCUGGGAGAGACGAAGUCCAUGAAGCUGUACGAGGCGUGUUUAACGCUGCUGCAGGUUUACUCCAAAAACAACCAGAGCAGGAAGCGAAACGACGCCACGGCGGAGGAGGAUCAGUACCAGGACCUGCUGCUCAUCAUGGAGCUGCUCACAAACCUGCUCUCCAAAGAGUUCAUCGACUUCAGCGACACCGACGAGGUGUUUCGGAACCAGGACCAGGGAACGCCGGCAUCCAAUCGGACAGUAUCAGCAGCAGAUGUUGUCCUCUAUGGUGUCAAUAUUGUUCUUCCACUCAUGUCUCAGGACCUGCUCAAGUUCCCGUCUCUGUGUAAUCAGUACUACAAGCUCAUCACCUUCAUCUGCGAGAUCUUUCCAGAAAAGAUCCCACAGCUGCCUGAAGACCUUUUCAAGAGCCUCAUGUUCUCCCUGGAACUGGGAAUGACUUCGAUGAGUUCAGAAAUCAGUCAGCUGUGUUUGGAGGCUUUGUCUCCUCUGGCUGAACAGUGCGCUAAAAACCAGAAGGAUUCACCGCUGUUCAUCGCCACCCGGCACUUCCUCAAGUUGGUGUUUGACAUGCUGGUCCUGCAAAAACACAACACAGAGAUGACAGUGGCAGCAGGAGAAGCCCUUUACACACUCGUGUGCCUGCACCAGGCGGAGUACUCGGAGCUGGUGGAGACUCUUCUGUCCUCCCAGAGAGACGCCGUCAUCUACCAGCGGCUGGCCGACGCCUUCAACAAGCUGACGGCGAGCAGCACGCCGCCCACCAUGGACCGCAAGCAGAAGGUCGCCUUCCUCAAAAGCCUGGAGGAGUUUGUGGCCAACGUUGGCGGCCUGCUCUGCGUGAAAUAACCACUGGAGAAAAAACCCCAACCCGGCCUCGAAUCAUCGCGCUGAAAAGCAACCAGUCAAAGACGCCUCCCUCCUCCUCCUCGCCGCUUUGACCCUGGGAGCUGACGGGCAGAAGAGACGACGCCUUGGAGGAACUCUCUGCCCGCCUGGGAUCAUCUCACCUGAAUGUUUACCUGAAUGUUUGUUCUCCUCCCCGCCCACUACACCGAACGCUCCGCCCCCCUCCACCAUAAUUGACACUAUUGAUGAUGAUGAUGAUGAUAAUGUGGUGGUAACCAUGGAGACUGAACUGCUAAGCAGACAGACUCAGUCGGAGGUUUCUGCCCUGUUGGACUGAAGCGCCACAGCGCCAUGACAACGAGAGGCGGAGCAGCUGACGAUGGUGUUGUGCUCCUUCCUCUUCUUCCCUGCUCUUCAUCAUGUGCCUGGAGGCUUCUGGAGCGCACUCACACACACUCACACACACACAAACACACGGCAACACACAAACAUACGCCAACACACAAAGCGACACUGAGGUUGAAGCAAGUCGCUGUUAUUUCGCUUUUUGAUGUUGUUUAAAGGUGUUAGCAGAGUCAUUUUGUUUUAAGAAUGCCACAGCGACCAGCUCACCCCUAGUGUGUGUGUGCAUACACACACAGACGCACACACACACACGCGCGCCGCCCUAAACCUUCCCAGAGUGCCUUUGUUUUGUUGAUUGUUGUGUGUGUGUUUGUGUGUGAAUCACGUCAUGCAUCAACUGACAACAAAUGACAACUGUGCCUGCAAUUUGCCAAGAAUACAGCACAUACACGCACACACACACACACACACACACACAGACACACUCGUACGUGCGCGACACGUUGCCAUGACGACAGAGGUUUGGCCGGCCCGGCUGUCUUUGAGGUUGCUGAAACUCGCAGCAGCACAGGAGGGCGUUUGUUCCUUGGCGAUGACCGUAAAACCAAAAUCUGACUAAGGGUGUAUAUAUAUAUAUAAAUAUAUAUAUAAAUAUAAAUAUAUAAUGUUUUCAAUCCUACAGAAAUGUACGUUCAAAGAAGAAGAAGAAGACAAAAAUGGACUGAAAUGUUUUUAUAUGCCAGUCGACGGCGGGCAGAGUUCAGCUGAAGAGGGAGCAACUUUCUCGGUGUUGAUCUUUUUGAAGUUUGAAUUGUUUUAUUUUCUAUUUGGAUUGUAGUUUUUUGUUGCAGCCCUCUUCCUCCUCCUCCUCCUCCUCCUGCCACUCUGAAGUUUUGCAGGUUUAUUUCCGUAGUAUUUUUCUACAGCAGCACAUCCACGGUAUCACUCUUCAACACACACUGGAUCAAGCAGCAGAGACUGAAGGACAGCAAUAAGAAACCAAAUAAAAAGGAGCAGAGCCACUCAAUGAAGCAUUAUGUUCGGUGCACUACCCCCCUUCUUGUAGAGGCUGUUUUGUUAAUGAAGUGUAAAAGUGUACAUAAACUUAUUGUAUAAAAUGUUCCGGCCUCUGCAGUUUCCUUUACAUGUGCCGUGUCUGUUGUAAUGUCUUUUAUCUACUUUGGUAAAUAAAGUGACUGAUCUUGGAUUUGAUCACACAGUC